AUGAAUGCCGAUUCCUUGUUUCUCGAAGAAACCAUGGAUGUAGGCGCCAUAAACAGACUUCUGCAUGAGGCAGCCCACUCACACAGAGCUCUUGCCAUGAGGCUACUUCGCGCAUCACAUGUCGGACAGUUCGUUGCAGGUGCCGCACAUGAUGAAUCAGAUGGCACACGUGAUGAAGCAGAUGGUGCACAUUAUAAAGCAAAUAUCAUACAUGUCGAAUCAUUAAGACUGCUUGCGAAAAUCAUUACACAAACCAGUCGCUCGACAAUUAUUGCAACGGCGCAAGAAUUAUGCACUGAGAGGCAAAACAUCUCGGCUGCACAAAUGACUGUCAACCAUAAUGUUCGAACUGCUUCUACCUGUAGCGCUAUGAUGGAGUGUUUGCAUCGAAACGAAUACGAGGCCACUGUGCAGCAUGCCCAUACUUUGCAGUCAAUGAAUCAUUACAGUGAAGCUCUGAAAAUAUCUGUGAAUGACAUUGAGACCCAGCAUUUGUAUACACGCGUGCGUCUUUCUAUCAGCGAAGUAACCAAAAGAUUGAAAGAAAAUCUAGAUGUUGCCAUAGCCAGAGGCGACGAAGAUUCUGUUUUGCGUUUCGCAAAGCUGUUCGCAACGCUAGGCUUGCCUGACCAGGGACUUAAAAGCAUAGACCGGGUUGUCGUCAUGCGUGCCUGUGCCCAAAAGGGCAAUGAUGUACAAAUUAAGCACCAGAUUUUUAACAUGCUAGAUACCUUGUUCGAUUACUUUGAAUGCAAUUGGAGGGACAUCUUAGCAACCUUUGGCCUCAGAGCUCUAAAUGCAUUGGUAGUUUCAGUUCACGAGGCGUGCGAAAGUCAUACCGAAUCAAUGUUGGCGACGCACUUGCAAAAUUUUGACAAUGCGAACGAAUCUGGGGUUGAAGACCAGCUUGGUUUCAGUAACAUUGAAAAUGUAAUCGUCGAAAUGGUCGAAGUUAUCACGAGAUUGGCGGAGUAUCGAAGCUACAUCGAGGAGUUCUGCCGAAGCAUCGAUAAAGUAUCUGCAAGUGGAGACACAAAUUGCACCCAUCAAAGAAAAAUUGCGAUGAUUUUUUCGCGAAUUCUGUCGAAAUUCGAGCGAACAUAUUCAGAUCUCGAAGUACGACAAGUUCAAAGUGAAAAGAAGACACGUCUGUUGGGUAACAAUUAUCAAAUCUUGAUUCCGACUAAGAAGGGAAUCCUUGGAUUGAAGAAUCUUGAUGCAUUUGUUGACGACUUCUUUUUCCUUACGAUGUCAUCGAUAAACCGGGCCGUGCAUGUUGGUUACCAAGAAUGCACUAUCUUAUUGCUAAAUUUGUUUCGCGAAGCGGCUUUGAGACAUGUCUCUCUCGAUGAUGAACUCAAUAAUAAAAUUAAACCAAUGGAAGAAAGGAUGUGGCGAUUGCGUUUUUUGCAUAUCUUUUUGAGCAAUCUAUUUGAAGUGAUUGACUUCGUCAAGCAUCUUAAAAGAAAUGAUAAAAGUCAAGCAUACGUUGGACUCCCGGACCUCGAGGAACUAUCGAAGGUAUUGCAAGAAAAACUGCUAAUUGAAAGAGAUCUCUAUAUGAAAGGUUUAUUUUCAUACUUUGACGCUACCUUUGAUUGUCUUGCUUCGACAAAUUACGUAAUGAGUGAAGAAGACAUGAAAUGGAAAUCGGCAAGAAAGUCAUGGUCUGCUGGUUUGAUUGACAGAAUGCAUGAGGCCUUUGACAUGGAGAGAGUUUUUUCGUCGGAGCUGAAUGAGAUAAUCUCGGAUCCAAUUAUCACACAUAUUGCAAGACGGAUUGAGGAAAACGUAUUCAACCGGUUACAGUUUAAUCAUCUAGGGGCAAUCCUAUUUGAGGGAGAAAUUCGAAAAAUAACGGUUGCAUUAACUAAAAUGUUCCCGAACAGCAAGGUUCGAGAAAUAUUUUCUCGGGUGCUUUCGAUUUCAACAGUGCUAAAUGCUGAGACAUACGAGGGCUUCUUCAAUGAUAUAAAUUCUAAUUUUUUUCUACACUUUGAGCUAGAAAAAUUAGCUAGUCUUCGUAAUGAUCUUUGA